CUAAUUUUGUACCAGUUUUUGGUGAUAGAGUUAGCAGAUUUUUAGCAGCCUUUCCAGUUUCUUAGCUCAGUAUUGGUAACUCAAUAUAUACAUAGCGAACAGAUCUAUUCGUGUUGCUUUCUUGUGUUUGUGACUGUAUCUGCAUCUACAUUGGUAGGUUGAACUUGGAUUGAAAAUUGGGGGAAGGGGAGAUAUUGCGGAGAAUUCUUUUACACAUUUUUCAACACCCAUUUGCCUAUGUCUUGUAGUGUUACCAUAAUAAUGCUACAGUAAUAAGGCGUUAACAGUGCCUGGUUUGGAUCUGUUCUGAGAAGGGCUGCACAAGACAGUAAUAAACCCAUGAGUAGUUAUUUUGCUUAAGGAAAUAAUGCCUGUGAGGAGACAACAAUACUGUCUUUCCCCUAGUGAUCACUGUAUUGUCACUCCCUAUGGGGAAAUUCAUUAUAUUACAUUUAACCUGCUAAGGCAACCAUUACUUUUAUUAUUAUUUUGUCCCUGAGGCAAGACAUUGUCUUGUGUAAAACAUCUUUAAAAAAAAAAGUAAUUUAUAUUUAUUAUGAAUAAACUAGGCUUAACAAAAUGCACUCAGAAACCUCACUUUUCCAACAUAGUGUAUUUUUAAGCUAGAUAGAAAAGAUCAUAAAAUCAAGACAUUUUCACAGGUUUUCCUUUCUGUUUAUUUUAUUUAGCAUUAUAACUCCCUAGAAAGUUCCUGCUCCUCAUAGCGAAGUCGGCAGCUUUCCCUGGUUUGAGAGACGUGAGUUUUGCAAGUCUCUCAAGCUGUUUAUUCAUUCCUCACACAGAGCUCCAGCCCAUGAAGCCUUCUCUCACAGGAUAUCACUUUCAGACAAAUCUAGUGGGGUCUGAGCAUCCUCCCAUCCACCAUGUGUUGGAAAGGCAACUUUUUGACCCGUUGCAGUAGCAAAAACUGUAUUUUUUCACAUAUUUUAGGUUUUCAUAACUCUGUAUUUACAGUUCAUUUUUUAUUUAUAGUUUGUGCAAUUGUAUUGUUUUGUAGCUCUGUAGCACCUUUAAGGAAUUUCUUUUUUAGCUCCACAGCAGCUGUAUAAGGUGAAUGUUAUUAUUUUUUCUUAAUUUUAUGCAAACAGAAUUUUGAAUAGCUUUCCAGUAAAUAAAACAGAUCCCCAAAACUCAGGAGGGAUUUUUACAGCAUCAGUGGAGGAUAGAACCUCCCCCACUGCAUGUGAUCACAGUUACUCACACCUGCAGUAGCAGUGGGCCCUAAGGACUUGUGCAAGGUAACAACAGAAUAAAUGUACAAGCAGCCCCUCUGAAUCAAAACUGUUCUUUUUGCUAACAGAGUAACUCUUGAUGAACAGUUAUUCUGCAAGGAAACAUCUGUGUAAGAGGGAAGUUGUUGGAAUACUUGGUGUAAUGGGCAUGAAAUUUCUUGGGUUCCUUUCUCCCCUCCUAAAACCUGUAGCAAACCAAUAUGUGAAAGCAGCAGAUAUGCAACUUGAUUGUUAAAAUUCUCUGGGGAUCCUUUUGUGGUAAAGUGGUCUGUUCAGAGUAGCUUCAGCCUCCUUUGGUGUGGGGUUAGGGUUUAUACUUAAACGACCUUCACAUUCUCACUGCAUAAUUUACAGACGCAGCUUAAGGUACUGGGACCUGUGUUGGAGGCCAUUAAACUUACACCUCUUCUAAUAAAUCAGAUCAGUCACCAGCUGUGACAGCCAGGGCUUGCAACGCUUCAGAGCAGAGAAACUUGCACCAAAGGCCGUGUGGAGCUGCCAGCUUGGUGUGUCCCACUGCCUGUGCUGUGGCUGUGGCCAGCUGAGGCCAUGGUAGCUGACAGCAGUCUUGCUGCCCCAUACCACACUGGGGUGCAUGAGUAACAGUGUGUUUCCUGCUCUGGGAUUUAAACCUCUAAAGCAGAUGAGCAGGGGCUAUUUAACCAUUGUCUCAUGUACAAUGGGCAGUGAAAUGGCAAGACUAUGCUAGAUAUACUGUCCUCCUUACAAAACUUUAUCUGCAACCUAGUGCAAGAUGUUUGUUAUCUAUUUCUAAUUGCUUAAACCCACUUGAUUUGGCAAACAAAAAACUGAAAUAUAGUGAAAGGUGGUGGUACCAGUAGUAUUUAAGGUCAGUUCUUGCUGUGCACAUUAAAAACUAUAGAUUUGUUGCAGCAACAUGCUGGCAGUAAGUUUGCUUAACAUCCAACUGGCAAAUAAGCUAAUCUUUGAUAAACAGGAACAGAUAGAAGAAGUCCAGAAUAGUAAACUGGAAGAUGAGCUGAACUUUGACAUGUACAAACAAAUAGGAGUGAAAAAGAUUUAGUGUAUUAUACUGUCUUUUAAUUUUACCCAAUUGGCACAGCAAGGUAAUUGUGCAUUGAGAUGUAGUUACCACUGUGAUAUGCUUGAGAAGAGCUAGCUGGUUUAGUGUAAACCUUUAUAGUUAUUUCUGAAUUCUCUGGCCUACAUUGUAACCACAAGUAAGCCUUACCUAGUUAAUGCUUUCCAUUAAGCUCUGCUGCUAUUUUACUAUUGCUAUUUUGAUUCAAAAGACAGAGAUUUUUUGAUGUGUUUGUCAUCUAGGGUACAGGGGAAGCAGCCAGGGAUAUAAAAGCAGGUGAAAAAUGAAGAGAUGGAAUGUCAGCUUUUCACUGUAGGAAUGUUGUUAAGCAUACAGAAUCACAAGAUUAAAAGAUACAGAGCCAAAUCCACCCCUGCUUCUGAUUAACUUCUGUAUAAUGACAUUAGAGGUAAUUUGGCCAUUUAUAUUUAAUCUGAGUUGCAUAGAUGGGCAGCUUGAAGUAGGUGGCUGUGAAUGGAAUGCCAUUUCAUACAAAUCACUUGCCUAAGUAUUGGCCUAGUCUGAUUGAGAGCAGCUGUUAUCUCUUGCAUUUUAGUAGCACCAGAUCAGAGAUAUUAACCAUGCUUAAUUAUACAUAUAACCACUAAAGCCAAUGAUGGAGCUCAUUCAGAGUUGAGAACAGAUAAGAACUUUCAGAACAGUGAUUGCACGUUCUUCACUCGGAAGGAAAUCCUUCGGUUGCACGGCCGAUACCAUGAAAUGGCACCAAACGUUGUGCCCAUGGACUAUACAAAGGACCCAGAUGUUAAACUACCUAUGCAGCUUAUAAUAAAUAUGCCUGAGCUGAAGGAGAACCCCUUCAAAGAAAGGAUUGUGGAGUCUUUCUCAGAAGAUGGAGAGGGAAGCCUGAGCUUCAAUGACUUUGUGGAUAUGUUCUCCGUGCUCAGUGAAAUGGCUCCCCGAGAGCUUAAAGCAAUCUAUGCCUUUAAGAUUUAUGAUUUUAACACAGAUAACUUCAUUUGUAAAGCAGACUUGGAAAAAACCCUCAAUAAGCUGACCCGGGAAGAGCUGACAGCAGAGGAAAUCACUCUGGUUUGUGAGAAGGUGAUAGAAGAAGCUGACAUGGAUGGUGAUGGGAAAUUAGGAUUUGCAGAUUUUGAAAACAUGAUUUCCAAGGCACCAGACUUUCUCAGUCAGUCAAGAAAAACAGUUGAUACUGUCGUGACAUUGAACAGAUUGCUGCCUAUAGACAGUGGAGUUUCAGCAUACCCUCUUUAAAUUGUCUCUCCCUGUCCUGCUGAGAUGCUCAGGAGCUCUUCUGAAGCCUGGUGGCAGUUGUAAGCCAUGCUGCUUGCCUGUAUUAAAGAGCAAAUAGAGGGUAACAACCAGAACUUCUUUGGUCUAACAAGAAAAACAACUUUACCUGUCUAAUUUGUCUUGGUUAGGACCCAAAUACUGUGCCAUAGCAAAAAGUACCAAUGGGAAACACUUAGCGCUGCUCUAAUGCCUUAGUUUUGGCUUUUAUAUUCUUCAGAUUCUGUACUACUUUAGUGUACUGAGCGUCAUAUUAUGGGAUGCUGAGCUCUCUUCACAGAGUAGGGAGGCAAAACAAUUCCUUCUUUAGCCUGGGGCCAAGGACAACCAAUCCAAAUUUCAGGCCCAAGAGCACAAACAACGUGGACUGAAGAGAGAAAAACGAAAAGGAUGGGCCUUCAUCAUUUAAAGCUAUAACUGGACAAUUAACUCCAAUAUACAAAUGGACCAGAACUUAUAGAAGUGAGAGACCUCGUGACCAAUUGUCCAUUUUGGUUCAUCUUGGCUGUAGCCCUGGCUGGGCUUUUGUAUGGCCCAAGGUGGAUCUCUUGAGGUCUUUUAAUAAAUCCCCACUUUAUUCUUUAGCUCCAU